AUGAAGAAAAAUUUAUUCGUUGUUAUCAACAUUCUGAUAGUAUCAGUUUCAGCCGCACCACCAAGUGACUUGCCAAAAAUAACAAGCCAAAUUUUCCCAGAAGGACGUAUAAUUGGUGGAGAAAAUACAAAUAUUACAGAAGCACCUUAUCAAGUUAGUAUUCAAUUACUAGGGUCACAUUUUUGUGGUGGCAGCAUAAUAAAUAAGGAAUGGAUUCUGACGGCUGGACACUGUGCUGGGAAACCCUUAUUCUACUAUAAAAUCCGUAUUGGAUCGGACAUAUCUACUUCCGGUGGUAACAUUUAUUCUGUAUCAGGAAUAUACCAACACGAAGAUUUCAUAUCUAAUCCUCGUGGUGUACCAUUACACGACAUUGCCCUUCUUCGUUUAUCCAAGCCCAUUGAAGAAAAUGAAAAACAGAGACCUGUGACAUUAUUUUCUAAGGAUGAAAAUGUCGAAGCAGGAAGCUUAGCAAUAAUCACAGGUUGGGGUAGAACAAAAUACGGUACACCAGAAAUCCUACAAACAGUGUCAGUUCCUGUUAUAGAUAAAGUCGAUUGUUACAAAGCAUAUAAAAAAUUAUUUGGCGGUAUAGAGAUAAAUCAAAUCUGUGCGGCUUAUCCCGAAGGUGGUAAAGAUGCUUGCCAAGGUGACUCUGGUGGACCAUUGACCAUAGGUGGUCGUCAAGCUGGUAUAGUUUCUUGGGGUAAUGGUUGUGCGUUAAAAGGAUAUCCCGGUGUCUACACCGAAGUUUCAAAAUACCACGACUGGAUCGUUAAGAUAACCAAUCUCGAAUUGGAUUUGUAUCGUAUUUAUGAUACAGAGAACAUCAAACACAUCACACGAGUCAACAUGUUCGCUCAAUUAACAAUUGUUUGCCUGAUUGCAGUAGCAGCUGCGGAUCCUAUUCCAAGGCAGCUAACUUUAAAUCCUUACACUCCAAACGGUCGUAUCGUUGGUGGUGAAGAUGUUGAUAUCGAAGAAGUACCUUACCAAGUUUCUUUACAAGCAUACGGUUUUGGUUUCUGCGGUGGUAGCAUCAUUGCUAAAGACUGGGUGCUUACCGCAGGACAUUGUAUAAUCUAUUCGGCGGACUCGAUGGUUGUACGUGCUGGAACAACCACAAAGAGUUCAGGAGGUAGUCAACAUAAGGUAGCAGAGAUCAUCAGACACGAGAACUAUAGGACCAACAUGAAUGGUAUUCCAGAAAACGACGUUGCCUUACUUCGUCUAGCAACCCCAUUCGAAUUGGAUGCAAAACGUCAACCAAUUUCCUUGUUCGAUAUAAACGAAGAAUCUGUUCCCGGAGUAAAAGCUACGAUCACUGGUUGGGGUGCAGUCUUCCAAGGGGGUUCAACUACGGAAAAUCUUAAGAUCGUCAAUAUUCCAAUGGUUUCUAAAGUUGAUUGCAACGAAGCUUAUUCUUCAUUCGGCGGUGUCCCAGCUGGACAAAUCUGUGCCGCUUAUCCACAAGGUGGCAAAGAUGCUUGCCAAGGUGACUCCGGUGGUCCUCUUGCUAUUGAAGGUCGAUUGGCUGGUAUCGUAUCUUGGGGUAACGGAUGUGCGAAGAAAGGAUAUCCAGGAGUUUAUACCGAGGUUGCUGCCUUCCGUGACUGGAUCGAUUCCAAACUCAAACCUUAA